AUGACAGUCUUAAAGCUCGUCUCAACCUUCGCUUUGCUGUCAGUGGUAUCUGCUGAACAAUUGGGCCACCAUCAAGGACCCUACGGUUAUAAUACCUUCGGCGCAAAUGCAUUUAGUAGUGCCUCAGCCUCUGCAUACAGCAGUGCCUACAGAGGUGCUCAAGUCCCCAUUCUGCGUUAUGAGAACUUCAACAAUGGAGACGGCAACUAUAGAUACAGCUACGAAACUGGCAAUGGUAUAUCAGCACAUGAGAGUGGUGCACCACGAGCCUCUGGUCCCGAAGGUCUCGCAGUGACUGCCGAGGGAGGUUACUCUUACACGGCUCCCAAUGGCCAGCAAAUAUCUCUCUCCUACACCGCUGAUGAGAAUGGCUUUCAUCCAGUCGGCUCUCACAUUCCUACCCCUCCACCGAUACCUGAAGCUAUUUUACGCUCCAUCGAAUUCAACAGACAACACUCUACAUCUCGCGACGGUGUUUACCACGGUUAA